UGAGACCUGCAGCCAUGUGUGGAAAUGAGCUGAAGGAGCUGGGGGCAUCUCCAUCACACAGUUGGCUAACUCACUGUUACUACACCCUACAUACAACACACAUUACCUCAGCACUCUCAAGGUCCAGAGAGUCCACUAUACCGAACAGCUAGAAUUACCAUGAAGGGACUUUACUGCAAGCCAGGAGACCAGGGUGAUGUGAAGUUUGUCUCACAGGAGACGAAUGUUCCCACUAACAUUGGCGACCAUCAGGUCAAAGUUCAAGUGAAAAGCUGUGCACUAAGUCCAGUUGAUUUUAAGCUGUAUGAGGACCUCAAGCUUGAGAAGGAACACGUCCCAGUCGGAAGGGAGAUUGCUGGGGUUGUUCUUCAAGUUGGACCCAAAGUGGCCUUUUUCCAGCCAGAUGAUGAGGUUGUUGGUAUUCUUCCUCUGGAGGCUGAGCAGUCUGGCCUUUGUUCUGUUGUGGUUACUGAUGAAUAUAAUUUAGUUCUGAAGCCUGAGAAAGUGAGCUGGUUUGAAGCAGCAGCAGUAAUUAAAGACGGUCUCAGGGCUUACACUGCUCUGCACACACUGGCUCGGAUGGCUGCGGGUCAGACUGUACUGGUGCUGGAUGGGGCUGGUCCCUUUGGAGUUCUGGCCAUUCAGCUCGCCCACUAUCACGGUGUGAAAGUCCUGGCUACAGCUUUGUCUCCGGAGGACCAGAAGUUUUUGGAAGAGCUCCGUCCGAGUGUGGGUGUGCAGGAAUCACUUUUGGCUCGAGUGAUCAGAGUAUGGGACUCAAAGGAGGAUUUGGUGGACUCGUGCCUUGAAGAAACUGGAGGUCUUGGAGUGGACAUCAUCAUUGAUUCAGGAGUGAAACUCUUUGAUGAAGAACCAGAAGCACAGAGGCAUUGUCCACAUAAACAUGACCUCCUUACCCUUCUUUCAGUUGGAGGUCAUUGGGUCACCACAGAACAACACUUACAGCUGGACCCUCCUGACAGCCACAUUCUCUUCCUGAAAGCAGCAUCUCUCUCGUUCCUUAACGACGAGGUGUGGACAACAUCCCGUGCCAAGCAGGGCAGAUAUCUUCAUAUCCUGAAAGAUGUGAUGGAUAAACUCUGCACAGGGACUUUCAGGCCACAAUUGGAGGACCCUGUGCCUUUAUAUGAAGCUACCGUCUCCAUGGAAAUGGUACAAAGCAAGCAAACGAGGAAAAGAAUAGCUGUCAAACUUUGAAGAGGCAUCACAAUGUGUUUUCCAUAAUUCUGCUAAUUGAGUUGUUGUUAUAAAUCUUAUGUUUUUUGUCAGUUGCACUUUUAAUGGAUUGUUGGUAUUUAAAAACAUGAAUAUUCUUUAAAUGGAAAUCAGGUCAUUCCAAAAAACAUGUAUCUCAAAGCAAACAGUAUUUACAUUAUACAAAAAAAAAAAAAAAAAGUGUGUGUGGUGUGUAUAUAUAAACUUGAAAUUAUUUACAUAAAAACAUUUUUUCUUAGGAACUUUGGCCUAGUUAUGACAUGCUGUAUAUGUGAUUUUCCCUUGUCAAGCAUUCCCAAUGGAUUAUUAACAGCACCAUCUGAUCCCAUCUCUUUUGCCUAUUAAUAUGGACAGAUCUGUAUAGAAAAGAACUGGAUGAUGCUGACCUAGAAUUUGGCAUCAUUUUUGUUUAGAAGUAUGCAGUUGAUUAUCAGUAGUCUCCGACCAGAAACACAGAAUGUAGGUCAUUUGCUUUCAAUAGAAGAUUUGUGUUUGUUAAGUUCUCAUUGUCCUAAAUGUCCCAUCGUCUUCCUGUCCACCAUAUGCCCCAAACUGUCAAUCUAGGAGAAAAACAAUGAUUGAAGCUUAGAAAUCCCACACUGUGGAGCAUUAUAUAGGGAUAUUUCAGCUCUCUUCGUUUAUGCACCCGCAAGUUGUUCCAAAUCUGUAUGAUGUUAUUUCAGGGAACACAAAAGGAGAUGUUGCUAACAAGUUCACACCGAUCAAUUCAAAGCAGUGAAAAGUGCAAAUCAAACAACUGUUUUAAUUUAGAUUUUAUAUUUUUAGUUUAUUUUAGCUUGAGCUUUAUUAAUUGAUGUGCUUUUGACAUUUUUAUUUUAUUUUUAGUAAUUUUAGAACUUCAACUAAUUUUUAGUUAGUUGGCCAUCGCAGCAUUUCUUGUUUCUAAUAACAACACUGAUAGAAAAGUGCAGCAUGGACAUUCUUCAAAAGGUCUCCUUUUGUGUUCCACAGUAGAAAAAGUCAUAAGGGUGAGUAAAUGACAGAAUGUUCAGUUCUGAGUGAAGUAUUCUUUUAAGUAUUUUGGACUCCCUGCAGUUUUGGAGGUGAUUCAGUUAAGAGCUUUAGCACAAAGCUGAACAAUAUCUGCUUGCUCUUGGCUUGUGUUUGAAUCUUGGCAGUGACAGCAUGAGGCUUCUGGUUCCUCGGUGCUCCGAAUGCCCUACUGUUACCACAGUGACUACUGUCCCCAGAGGUUUUGAAGAACCACUCGUGUGUGUUCCAGAAUCCUUUGCUCCUCUUGUCUCAGGCUCUCCACCACACACAGUUGUUCAAGGCGAGGCAGGUUCGCACCCUGUUUGAGCUGUGAUAGCUGUACAAAUGAAAAGACUCAGACUGUAAGUGGUUUCGUAUCUUUAAUUAGACACAGGCAGCAUUAAGAAUGAACAGAUUUAAUUAGACUCACCCUCUCUAGUGCCUUGACAUUGUCAUCAUUGAGGUUAUUGCAAAGCUUUAGGGCAGAGUGAAUGCACCACUCUUCUCUCUCCCGGCUCACUGCUGCCCCCAAGAGGACACUCUUCCAACAAGAACUACAGACAAUGCAUUAAAGUCAGUUUUGAAUGUAUUCAAUGGCAUAAAUGGCAUAAAAUAAACUAUAUGCAAGUGAAA